CAAAGAGAGCUCUGGUUCGCUUGUGUAGGAAACUGGCUAUCACAAGCUGAAAUUUUUGCGAAGAUGGUAUCUUUCUUCGUAACCAACAGAUUCACGAUGUGGUUUUGUGCUGGAGUGUGCAAAGGCCAGCUUCGUCUGCUACGCAAGGAGGGCAACUUAUACAACUACAUUGUCCGCUGUCUAAAUUCAACAGCUGCGUAUUCACAUCUCCGGGACAGCAACUACUUUUACCGCUGCUGCCUGACUGGGAAGUUUUCAUCCAACUGCUGUUCUCGUUUCCUGGAAAAGGAAAACUUCCACAAACUCAAGACAAGGCUUGCUGCGGAGGAGUGCCUGUUGAUCCGGACAGCCACAUUUGUGGAGGAGCUUUCGAAGCGAAUGUACACCAAGGUGAUUUUGAUGGACCACGUCGACUGGCUAGAACAAAGCGACGUCGAUGUCCUUUGCAAAGCGCUGCAAGCACAUGUAAUUCCUGGAGGCCGCGUGAUCUGGCGCAGUGCGUCGCGAUCUCCAAGCUACGCCAAUUGCAUCGAGAAAUCUGGAUUCAAACAUCCCAUCAUGGAUAGUCAAUUUAUAUGGUUUGGGCCAAAUAUAUUCUUUGGGCUGAUUAACAAUGGUUAUGUUCCAAUUAAUCGAUAG